AUGUCUUCCAACAAGAUCCAGGGGGUAACGAGUGACCUGUUACCAUUCUGGAAUACAUCAGUUCCCAAACUCAAGAAGAACAAGUUUCUGCACAACUCCAGUAGCCCAAUAUGCUCAUACAAUGUGAUCCCUCUGCCCUCUGCAAGUGAAUGCAAUAUGUCCUGCUCCAUCGAAGAUGGAUGUUCGGAGUGCCGCAAUAAUCCUCAAAGUAUGGAAAAAGUUCCGCAUGUCCAUUGGGCAUUGCUGCAACUCAGUCAUGGUGCACUCGCAGUACCAAAUCAUGCAGAUCCAUCAGCUGAUGAUGGUUAUGAUACACUAGUUGUGACUCUAAAGACUCGAGAAGAGCAGUAUCUCAAGCUUCACUAA